AUAGCAGGUCUGUCCUGCAGCUGCACGCUCUCCCACCGCAGGAAUAGACACAGACUGCUAAGCAGAGGAGCCCACGCAGUGUGCUCCUGGCCCUCGGUGGGUGGGACGUGGCCAGAGGGCAGCAAGAUGGAGUCAGACGGAGAAAUGAUCCACCUUCAACGAGACCACUCCAGCCCCAGAGGGAACCAGCCCAUCAACCUGAACCAUUAUGCCACCAAGAAGAGUGUGGCCGAGAGUAUGCUGGAUGUGGCACUCUUUAUGUCCAACGCCACGCGGCUGAAAGCGGUGCUGGAGCAGGGGCCGUUCUCUCAGUACUACACAGUCCUCAUCACCCUCAUCAGCAUCUCUCUGCUCCUGCAAGUGAUCAUUGGAAUCCUCCUGGUGGUCAUUGCACGGCUGAAUCUGAAUGAGGUAGAAAACCAGUGGCAACUAAACCAGCUCAACAAUGCUGCCACCAUCCUGAUCUUCAUCACUGUGGUUAUCAAUAUUUUUAUCACUGCCUUUGGCGCACACAAGACAGGCUUCCUGGCUACCAGGACCUUGAGUAAUCCUGUUUAAUCCCAGCCUAGACCCAGGAGCCAGAUCUGGAAUCAGCCCCUUUUGUCUCUGACCUCCCAGGCUACCAGGCACUUUCCAGGAGAGCUUCAAGGGCCAUGGAGAGGCCUCUGCUUCCUGCCUGCAGCACCCGAAUUAAGCUGUGAUAUUUUACUGGUUGGCAUGAUUUGCAUUUGCCUCUGGAGACGAGUUCAGACUGGACAGCCAGUCUUUUCUCCAGCAGCAGUAGUUCAGUCUGCUAAGGCCGAGUUUGCACAGCCUACACACUCUGGUUCUCAUUCCACUGCACUCUUUCCUGCUGCUCCAGUCCUCACUUUUCCCCUUCUGUAAAAUGGGAAUCUGGCUGUUUA